AACAACACUACUACUCACAAAAAAAGCCAAAACACAAAACAACAAUGGUGUCACCAGAUUCAGCUCUCAUCCUCACCACCCUCUUCAUCUUCCUCGCAUUCCUCCACCUCCUCCACCGCUCUUUCCGGCGCACCACCCUCCCACUCCCUCCAGGCCCAAAAGGCUACCCAAUCCUCGGCGCUCUCCCACUCAUCGGCCACACACCACACGUCUCUCUCGCCAACCUCGCCAAGCUUUAUGGCCCUCUGAUGCACCUCAAGCUCGGCAACAGCCACAUCAUCGUCAUCUCCUCAUCCUCCACCGCCCACUCCUUCUUCACAACCCUUGAUCUCCAAUUCGCCAACCGCCCUGGCAAAGUCAUCAGCGCCAAGCACAUCAGCUACAACGGCAAUGACAUGACCUUCUCCAACUACACUCCAAAGUGGAAGCUUUUCCGCCGGCUCACCACCCUCCACAUGCUCGGCUCCAAAGCCAUGUCCCCCUGGUCUGACAUCCGCCAUGAUGAGAUCCACCGCAUGCUUCAGUCCAUGCAUGAGUCUAGCCAACGUGGACAACUCAUUGUUGUGCCUGAAACCCUGAUUUGUGCCACCACCAACAUCAUUGGCCGGGUCAUGUUGAGCCAGAGAGUGUUCGAUGCUUCAGACCCGAAGUUGGGCUCGUACAAAGAGUUGUUGAAGAAGUUGAUGACUGGUGGAGGGAUGUUUAAUGUUGGGGAUUUUGUGCCGGCGGUUGCGUGGAUGGAUUUGCAAGGGAUUCAGGCUAAGUUGAAGAAGGGGAAGGAGAUGAUGGACCAGAUGAUUAAGGCCAUGUUGGCACAGCAUGCGGCUUCGGCUGAUGAGAGAAAAGGGAGACCGGAUUUUGCGGAUCUCGUCAUGGCCAGUGAUCUCCGGGAUGACAACGGUGACAAGUUGUCCGAUGUUAACAUCAGAGGUCUACUUGCGAAUAUAUUUAAGGCAGGGACCGACACAUCGACAAUAAUAGUUGAAUGGGCACUUGCUGAAAUACUAAAGAACAAGGACAUACUUGAGAGCAUGCAAUCAGAGAUGGAUGUUAUUAUUGGUCGAGAGCGUGCAUUGCAAGAGUCAGACAUACCUAAUCUCCCCUAUCUACAAGCUGUUGUUAAGGAAGCACUCAGACUGCACCCUUCCACACCAUUAAGUCUUCCACAUUUUUCUUUUGAAUCAUGUGAGGUUAAUGGAUACUACAUCCCUGCUAACACACGCCUUAUCACCAAUAUUUGGGCUAUUGGGCGUGAUCCAGAUGUUUGGGAGCGCCCAUUGGAAUUUGAUCCAAUGAGGUUUCUUCCUGGUGGUAAGGCUGCCAAGAUUGAGCCUUAUGGUACAGAUUUUGAAUUGAUACCUUUUGGAGCUGGACGAAGAAUAUGCAUUGGAAAACAAGUUGGUAUGGUGUUUGUACAAUAUCUCUUAGGUGCUCUUGUGCAUGGCUUUGAUUGGAGAUUGCCGGAUGGAGUGGUGAUUGAUAUGGAGGAGACUCCCGGUUUGGUGAUACCUAAAGCAGUGCCAAUUAAGGCAUUUGUUACUCCUCGUCUUUUGCCCACAGCUUAUGUGUAGCAGUGUAUGGUUAUUCAUCAAUUUGUUUGGGUUAUUUCUUUACUUAGAUUUUGUAUUAAUUUAGAUUUGAGGUUGUGGUAUGUAUUAUUCAUGAUGAUUAUGAGAAAUAAAGUAUUGAUCUACGUACUCUUCUACUUG